AGUGCUGCAAAACGCCAAACUCUUUAUCAAGAGAAUCCUCACUAAGCGCAAUUGCAUUUAAACAAACAAUUAAUUGCCAUUAUUGACAGAGAUCUGCGAAACAAAGACUUACACCAUGUCCGCUGAGGAAGUGCCUUUGGCGGCCAUAGCUAAUAUGCCGUCGGCUAUCCAGUUCGAUCCAAAAAAGGACUUCCACACGCACACCCAUCAGAAGAUGUUGGAUCAGGGUUUUCUAGGUAACGAGCGUCGUCCGUGGAUCCGCCAAAAGCCUCACAAAGACACACGACGAGAGCGCGAGAUCCUCAAUAGUCUGCUAAACUCCACCACCGUGGAAAUGGAUGAAGCCAGCAGUUGCGUUGAUAAAUUGAUUGCAGAGAACAUCAGCUACCGGGAUUUGGCUUCCCUCACGGACGAAGACUUGAAACUUUUCGGAUUCAAGUCGGAGCAACAACGCAACCAGCUGCUAAAGAUGUUUGACAAAAUGCCCAAUCAAGAUCCCAGUUACGAAUAUCUUAUUAAUCAUCCAGACGCCAAGGCCUAUAACAAUCAGAUCCUGGGCAAAGCUGGCAGCCACUUUAUGUCUUUGCGAGCCUCCUUGGCGGUCACCAACUAUAAGCUGCAGGUCUCUACUCCAGAGGACGUCGUCGUGGGCGACAAACACUAUGCCAGCUACUUUGCCCAGGAAACUCUGAAGAGCGUUAAGCAAAUCACGGAGGAGAUAGCCAAUGACCUCCGGAAAAUCGAAGCCAAUGCCAAGAACGCGAGAAACCAGAAGGAAGUCCAGGCCAAGGAGAAACAAAAGAAGAAAAAGUUUAGCCUGGCCACUGUUUUGUACUUCACCACAUUGGCCGUGGGGUUUUCGUGCGCUUGGUUUUGGUGGUGGACCAAGUUUCACAGUGCUCCUCGACUGGAGCGGAUCUCUGUUCAGACCUAAAACAACCGACAACGAAGCAUUUGAUAGCUGCAUUCCCAUUAUCUCGUAGUAUUUAGGUUGCUAAGCUUUUGGAUAAUCUCAAGCUGUAUUGAAGUUCUACUGCCUAACAUGAACAUUUGAUAAGCAUUAAAAAUGGUAUUACAAAUUGAGAAAAAA